UUCAGUUUUCUUUGAUUUUGUAACGUGCCGUCGCUGUUUCGGUUUCGUCGUUCAAAAACCGAAGAUUUUAGAGUGAUUAGAACCUGUUUCAAAUUUGUAUAAGCUCAAAGUAUUAUACCAAAAGGAAAUUAAGUAAAAAUGCAGGCAGUUUCGAGCUUGGUGAAGAACACAAUUCCAGACUAUCUGUCUAACUUACCAAUACCAGAUACCUUUACGGGUUGGUUCAAAUUGUCAUUUAAGGACUGGCUAGCGCUCAUUCCCCCCACCGCCGCAGUUGCUGGCCUUGGAUAUAUGUCAUACUUGGCUUUUUGCCCAGCAGCGCGAAGGGAUUGCGCAGGUGCCGCUCGAUGCAAUCAAUCUAUACGCAAAUCGGAAGCUAAAGUCGUGGAUAUGAUCGACAUUGAGAAUAUUGCCGAAAAAGCUGCUUUAUGUCGCUGCUGGAAAACCAAGAACUGGCCCUACUGUGAUGGCAGCCACGGUGAACAUAACAAGCGAACGGGCGAUAACGUUGGACCUGUUGUCUUACAAAGGAAGCAGCAGUAAAGAUGUGUUCCAUUCGCUAUUAUCAACAGUAGCGGCUAACCUAUAUUUUUGGUUCACAUGUGUCAACAAAUAAGCAAUUCGAAACGAUGGACAGUUUUAGGCAAAAAGGGAACAAUACAUAAAAAAUUUAUUGAAUUUGUUAUUAGCAGUUGGAUUAUUUUAUAUAUUCUAAUAAACGCAUUUCAACGAGCAGUAAAGCUUUAAAGCUUCGCUCAUUCAUACAUAUAUGGUUUACCUAAUUAAAUUGAGAAAUUUAUUUUGCUUUGUAAGUCGAACUACAUAAAUGUUAAACGGGAACUAAAACAAUAAAUUAUAAAAGUGUUAUAACCUUUAACAGAUUA